CGUAUGUCUACUGCUUUCCUUCUCGUUAGAGGUGGCUCUGCUCCCUGCCAUGAUGACCCAAGUCAAAGCUUCUACACUUGCAAAGGGAAAGUCACUUUGUGACGGGCUCAAUGAAGACACAGAGAUCUGAUGUAGAUGGGGACGCUCACCGCGCGUGUAUAACCAGGCACUUCCUUUGGAACGCAUGUUACUAACCACCAAGCUUGACAGCAGCAUCGCCUUGGACCAUUUCGUGGAAGCCCAGAGACUUCCAUCUCAACUGCAAGGUAAGCUGUUUUUCUUCUGCCUCUUUUGUCCCGUCAACUUUCUAUCCAUGAUGAACACAAAUCUUAGACAAACAUGUCGAAGAGCCAUCACUUUGUGAUUUCCGUGCGCGCCGCCGCCUCGUACAUCGUUGUGCUCCUCGACUCUUACCCGACCGGUCUCGACUUCCCUCCGAGCCGCGCCCGAGGACGGCAUCCCUACUCCCUCCUUCGGGCUAGUGGGCGCCUGAGGGCCGGUUUCGAGUCCACCUACAAACCUCAUCAUCACCGCAUCACACUUCAACCUGUGGUGCGGUCGCCCAGCCUGCGAGCUUAA